AAAGGAAAAAAGAAAAAGAAAUAAAGAAUUCGUUCCAUUAUUAUGGCCUCCCUUGUUCCUUAUCUUUUCCAAUUUCCACCCUUCUUUCUUUCUCUCUCUCCGUUUCCCCUUUAGACCUCUCUCUCACUUGAAACUCCACAACCCCAUUUUCCUUUCCUAUGACCCUAUUCCAAAUCACCAAUUCUAAUUCCAUUCUUCAGGUGUUCAAUUGAAUUCGUGAUGAAGAGGGAUCACCGAGAUAGCUGCGGCGGCGGCGGCGGCGGCGGGAGUGUGAAGGGUGAGUGUUCCUCAAUGCCGUCGAACGGGAAGGCAAAUAUGUGGGAGGAACAACAACAACAACAACAACAGGGGAUGGACGAGUUGCUGGCGGCGUUGGGGUACAAGGUUCGUGCUUCCGACAUGGCCGACGUGGCACAGAAGCUGGAGCAGUUGGAGAUGGUCAUGGGUUGUGCCCAGGAAGAGGGAAUUUCCCACCUCGCCUCCGACACCGUCCACUACGAUCCCACGGAUCUUUAUUCCUGGGUCCAAACCAUGUUAACCGAACUCAACCCUGAACCCAACAACAACAACAAUAGCCUCCUCGGUCCAUCUUCUCUCUUAAUCGACAACAACACCGCCCCUGUUUUCAACGACGAUUCCGAAUAUGACCUCAGAGCCAUUCCUGGUAUUGCAGCCUACCCUCCUCCUCCUCCACAAGACAACAACAACAACAACAACAACCUCGACGAAAUCGAAACAGCUAACAACAUCAACAAGCGUCUCAAGCCAUCUCCAGUUGAAUCAGCAGACUCCGCGUCUGAGCCCACGCGCACGGUGCUGCUCGUUGACCAUCAGGAAGCCGGCGUGCGUCUGGUCCACACUCUCCUGGCGUGCGCGGAGGCCGUCCAGCAGGAGAAUCUGAAGCUGGCCGACGCGCUCGUCAAGCACGUGGGCAUACUCGCGGCUUCUCAAGCCGGCGCCAUGAGGAAGGUGGCUUCCUACUUCGCCCAAGCCCUCGCGCGUCGUAUCUACGGAAUCUUCCCGGAAGAAACCCUCGACUCCUCCUUCUCCGACGUUCUCCACAUGCACUUCUACGAGUCCUGCCCUUACCUCAAAUUCGCGCACUUCACCGCGAAUCAGGCUAUCCUCGAAGCAUUUGCCACUGCUGGGAGAGUCCACGUCAUCGAUUUCGGCCUCAGACAAGGGAUGCAGUGGCCUGCACUCAUGCAAGCCCUUGCAUUGCGGCCCGGCGGGCCCCCGACUUUCCGUCUAACCGGAAUCGGCCCGCCGCAGCCCGACAACACCGACGCGCUGCAGCAAGUGGGCUGGAAAUUAGCCCAAUUGGCCCAGAACAUCGGCGUCCAGUUCGAAUUCCGCGGCUUCGUUUGCAACAGCCUCGCGGAUCUCGACCCGAAAAUGCUCGAGAUCCGACCCGGAGAAGCCGUCGCUGUCAACUCGGUUUUCGAGCUCCAUCGUAUGCUGGCCCGCCCGGGAUCCGUCGACAAGGUCUUGGACACUGUUAAGAAAAUCAAGCCGAAGAUUGUCACCAUCGUGGAACAAGAAGCGAACCACAACGGACCGGGUUUUCUUGACCGGUUCACUGAGGCCUUGCAUUACUACUCCAGCCUAUUCGACUCGCUGGAGGGUUCGUCCUCUUCGACCGGGUUGGGCUCACCAAAUCAGGAUCUGUUAAUGUCCGAGUUGUACCUGGGGAGACAAAUAUGCAACGUGGUGGCUAACGAGGGCGCGGACCGGGUAGAGCGUCACGAGACUUUGAGUCAGUGGAGGGGGAGAUUGGACUCGGCCGGGUUCGACCCGGUUCAUCUCGGGUCCAACGCGUUCAAGCAAGCGAGUAUGCUACUUGCUCUAUUCGCAGGCGGUGACGGCUAUAGGGUUGAGGAGAAUAACGGCUGCCUCAUGCUUGGCUGGCACACUCGGCCACUCAUCGCUACCUCCGCCUGGAAGCUUCCCUCCCCGAACGACUUGCACUGUAAACUGUAGAUUAAUUGGCUCCUGGAUGGGUGGUAAAUAAUAAAAAAUGGUUUGGUUGAACUUGUUGGAGUGGAGUGAAUCAAUGACCCAGUGAGUCAGUGAGUCAGUGAGCGAGCCAGCGAGGCAGCAAGAGGAUAAAUAAAUGAGAGGGUAAAAAAACAAAAAAGUAAAAAAGAAAAACAAAAGACUGUAAUUUGUAAUUGUGCUCUCGUAAUUACCGUUUCUCCUCUUUAGUGUUUUUUUUCCUUUCUCUAAAUUAUUAUAUAAUUUGUUUAAUUCUUAAUUAUGAUGUCUUUUUCUUUUUAAUCUUU